AUGCCACGCCCAAAGAAGCGAAGCCAGCAUAUCAACUCGCAGCAGCCAGAAAAGAUCAUCAAGAUGGUGUUUUCCGAGGGCAUGACCAAGGCCGAGGUUGCCGAGAGCUUGAGGUACCCGUACUCCACGGAGCAUGAACGCUACAACAACACCAAGACUAUUGAGAACCGCAAGAUGUGGACGCACUGGUUCCGGACCCAGGGACGGUCCUUCGAAGAUGCCAUCUUCUUUGACGAGGCUGGCUUCAACCUGCACUCAAAGCGCACCUACGAUCUCAGCAAGGUAGGCGAUCGAGCACAGCAGGAGGGCCGGCCUGCAAACCGCCAGAAAAACAUGUCGCUCCUUGUUGCCGUUGGAAAGGAUGGCAUCAUUGCAAGUGAGGUCCUACUUGGCGCCUACAACACUGACCGCUUCUGCAGCUUCCUUGACAACAAGGUCCUACCGCUUGUUGCUGGCCAGCGACGAGUCUUUAUGAUGGACAAUGCCAGCUUUCACCGGUUCUUUGACACAAAGCAGCGCAUCACCAACGCUGGGCACGAGGCCCACUAUCUCCCAGCAUACUCGCCGUGGCUCAACAUCACAGAGAAGAUUCAGCAAGGACAAGCCCGCACAGUACUCGUCGCCGCUUGGUUUUGA